AUGUCUCACGAACAGCAGCCGCGACCCCGGCCCCUCCCGACCGCAGAGCAUGCGGCAUCCCCAUACACCUCCGCACAGCCCAUCAUGAGCCGACAACAGGCCGAGGGGCUCUCCCCACUACAAAGGUGGGCGGCUAGAGCUUCGGAGUCGCAGUUUAACGCUAUCGCAGGCGCGCUCGGCGGUUUUACUUCGGGCGUGGUUACUUGCCCGCUCGACGUUAUCAAGACGAAGCUUCAGGCGCAGGCCGCCGUCAAGGCCGGACACUCGCGCAUGUAUAAUGGCCUGGUUGGCACGGCAAGCGUGAUUUGGCGGGAAGAGGGUCUUCGUGGAAUGUAUCGCGGGCUGGGUCCGAUUGUCCUCGGCUAUCUCCCGACCUGGGCAGUUUGGUUCACAGUAUACAACAAGUCCAAGGUCUAUUUAGCCGAUUAUCAUCACAAUGUUCAUCUCAUAAACUUCUGGUCCUCAAUCAUCGCAGGAGCCAGCAGCACCGUUGCUACCAAUCCGAUCUGGGUCAUCAAGACGCGACUUAUGUCGCAGAGCAACCCCAACGCCCCCCGCAACGACCACCCGAGGCCCGGCAACACGCCAACCGCGCGGCCAACGCUUCAAACCCCUUGGCACUACCGUUCAACGCUUGAUGCCGCCCGUAAAAUGUAUAGCUCCGAAGGCUUGCUUUCCUUUUACUCGGGCUUGACGCCUGCCCUUCUCGGCCUGACCCAUGUGGCAGUGCAAUUCCCAACAUACGAAUUUCUCAAGACCAAGUUUACCGGCCAGGGUAUGGGCGAGGCGGAGGCUCCUGGUGCGGAGGCACACUGGUCCGGCAUAUUGUCCGCAUCCAUCUUGUCCAAAAUACUAGCCAGCAGCGCGACCUACCCGCACGAGGUAAUCCGAACAAGACUGCAGACGCAACGACGGCCGGUAGCAGGCGAGCAGUACUUGCAAGGUCUAGGCGUUACUGCACCAGGCGCCUCAGGACAAGUCAACGCCAACUCGAACUAUACGCCAAAAUACAGGGGCAUUAUCAUGACCUUCCGCACCAUCCUACGGGAAGAAGGCUGGCGAGCAUUUUAUGCAGGUCUUGGAACGAACAUGAUGCGUGCGGUACCCGCGGCAACGGUAACGAUGCUUACCUAUGAGUUUGUCAUGCGUGAACUGCGACACGCUCGCGCACAAGGUCGCGCGGGCUUGGGGCUCUCACCCGAACACUUCUAA